AUGUGGCCACGAAGGCUCUUGGAGCACUGUUACUUCAAAAAAAAGAGAAAAUACACUCCAAUUACUGUAGGUUCCAAACAACCUGGGUCCUUCAAAUUAUCUGCAGCUCCUUUGCCUCCAAAAAAAAUUGUUUUUGGGGUAGGUAAAUUGAAAAGCUGCGUCAAAGAAGAGAUCCUUGAACAUCUGGAAACUAUUGGACUGACCGCUGCAGAAUGCGUACCAGUCUUUAAAUUCUCUCCCACUCGUCCUCAACCUUCAACCAGUGAUCCAUCAACAAAAUUCCGCAUAACUAUUUUUAAACAUCAGGAAAUGAUUUUUACCAAUCCUGAAAAUUGGCCUAUCGGCGUGGAAAUUCACCCCUGGUUGUUUCAUGCUCGACCACAGCAUUUGAUAAAACCCACUACAACUUCACUACCAAAUCAUUAUCCUGUCGAUCUACCAAAUGUUAAUACACCAUCGCUGGUCAACUCACAUCAGCAUGUAGAAAACACAGUUGAGGUAGCUUCCAUUUUAACUUCUUCGGAAGAAUCCACUCAGCCAGUCGAGCCAGUCACGAUGGGUCCUUCUCAGCUGGUCGAACCACAUAAACAACAACAAGCCUCAUCGAUGAUGAGUCCUCCCUCCGAUGUCAAUUCUGCGACAUCAAUAAAUCACGACAAUGGCUGUUAA